AUGCUUAUGAAGAAUAUCCUUGCCGCUUUUACUCUUGCUGGCCUAUCCAUUGCUACCCCAGUUGAAGACCUUCAAGAGAGAGCAAUCUGCCCCGGCGGCGGCCCUAGCCACAACUGGUGCUGUGCUAGUGCAACCAACCUGAACAUAUUUUUCAUCAGGGGAGUUGGGUCGAACUGUAGACCGAAUCUCACCGGCGGAACCUGUAGCGGUACACGUUCUCGGCCUCUUUGCUGUGGCGGCAACCAGAUCGUGGACACGCAGAGCGGUAAUAGUGAUGUUGUUUGCACUGUCUAA